AAGCCAUAAAUUUUCCCGCCAUAAAAAACCAACCUCCAAAAACAUCCAUUUCCCUUCUUCCUCACUCUCUAGAACCCUAGCAACUCAAUCCACACACACAGAGAGAUCCAUCAAUGGCGGACGAGCAGCCAGCGGUGUUAAGUGGGAAGCGAAGAAGAGGAACAGAAGCCACGGCCAGAUCCGAAGCCCUUGAGCGACUCAAAGCGCUCCGUCGUGGUGGCAGGAGAUCUGAAAAUGGCGGCGGGUACGCCAUCAAAAUGGAAGAUCCAAUCUAUGAUUCCGUCCCCGAGGACGAGUACAACAGUCUCGUCGCUCGCCGCCGAGAGGAAGCUCAGGGUUUCAUCGUUGACGAUGACGGCCUAGGUUACGGCGACGAAGGUGAAGAAGAGGACUGGUCUCAGGCCGGAUUACCUCCGUCUUCGGAUGAAUCGGACGGCGAGGGUUUGAAUAAGAGUAGAUCUAGAAAGAAGAAAAGUGAAAAGAAAGAGAAAGAGAAAGAGAAAGAAGUGAAGAAAGGUAAUGCUUCGUUGACGGCUGCUGCGGCGGCGAUUAUGGGGAAAACGAAGAUAUCGGCUAUGUUUACAUCAAAUGUUUUUAAAAAUAGGGAUUCUGUUGGUAAGGUAAAGAGUUUUGAUUGUGACAAUAUUGUUGAUGAUGUUAUCGCGGAGUUUGCUCCUGAUGAAGCUGAUAGAGAAAGACGUAGAAGAGGACAGUUGAUUGUGAAGAAUGCUACACCAAUUAAGAGUGAAAAUCGAUUUUUUGAUAACGGUAAUGAUGUUAAUUUUAUGGUUAAAGCAGAUUUGGAUAGGGAUUUUAUUAAUUAUAAGAGUGGUGUUGAUGAGAAAAAAGAGGGAAUUGUGGAAGUGAAAGAGAAGGGAGAGGAUAAAUUGUCUAAUCUGGUUAAAGAGGAGGUUGUAAGUGUUUUGGAAGUGAAAGCAGACGAGGCAGUUGUGAAGAAGGAUGGUGGACGUACACUUAAUGCGAAGAUUAGUGAUGAGGAGAGGGAUCCAGCUUUGAGUGCUACAGCCGGGUGGAAAGAAGUGAUGAAUGGUAAGAAUGGGGGUGAGGCUGUUGGUGGCGCUGGGGUAGUGGAGGAGGUUAAAAGUGGAGCAAAUUGUGAGGAGCAAUCUGAGUUUGAGCUGGAUGGUGAUGGGUCAUUACCCUUUUACAUUCUUGAUGCUCAUGAAGAGAUUUUUGGUGCUAACAGGGGCACGAUCUAUUUGUUUGGGAAGGUGAAAGCCGGAAAUACAUAUCAUAGUUGCUGUGUGGUUGUAAAGAAUAUGCACAGAUGUGUUUAUGCAAUUCCAAAUAGUUCUAUAUUUCGUACUGAUGAGAUGAGCAUGCUAGAGAAAGAGGUUGAAGAGUCACGGAUUUCUUCCACAGAUUUCCAUAAAAAGCUGCAAGACAUGGCAUAUGAACUAAAGAAUGAAGUUGCAAGCCAAUUGUUAAGUCUCAAUGUUUCAAGUUUCAGCAUGGCUCCGGUUAAGAGGAGAUAUGCAUUUGAGCGCUCUGAUAUACCAGCUGGAGAGAAUUAUGCACUCAAGAUCAACUAUCCAUUUAAGGAACCUCCGCUCCCAGCAGAUCUGAAAGGGGAAACUUUCUGUGCUUUGCUCGGAACUCAUUGCAGUGCUUUAGAGCUUUUUCUCGUUAAAAGGAAGGUAAAGGGACCUUCGUGGCUUUCAGUUUCAAAAUUUGCAACUUGCCCAGCUUCUCAAAAGGUGAGCUGGUGCAAGUUUGAGAUCAUUGUCGAAUCUCCAAAGGAAAUACAAGUUUCAUCUUCAUCAAAUAGCAAACUAGAGAUUCCUCCAGUGGUUGUUGCUGCAAUAAAUCUGAAAACUGUCAUAAAUGAAAAGCAGAAUGUGAAUGAAAUAGUCUCUGCUUCUGUCAUUUGCUGUCACAAGGCCAAGAUUGACACUCCCAUGUUGGCCUCCGAGUGGAAGAAACCUGGCAUGCUGAGCCAUUUUACUGUUGUUCGCAAGCUUGAUGGAGGGAUAUUCCCAAUGGGAUUUUCCAAAGAGGUUACAGACAGAAACACAAUGGCUGGAUCAAAUGUCUUAGCUAUUGAAAGCAGCGAAAGAGCUUUGUUAAAUCGUCUGAUGAUUGCAUUACACAAAUUAGACAGUGAUUUUCUUGUUGGACAUAAUAUAUCUGGUUUUGACCUGGAUGUUCUCCUCCAUAGGACACAGGCUUGCCGGGUGCCAAGUAGCACAUGGUCCAAAAUAGGACGUCUCAAGCGUUCUGUGAUGCCUAAACUUACAAAAGGAAAUGCCAUUUUUGGCUCUGGAGCAAGUCCAGGGAUCAUGUCUUGCAUUGCUGGCCGGCUCUUAUGCGAUACAUAUUUGGCUUCCCGUGAUUUAUUAAAAGAGGUUAGUUAUUCCUUGACGCAACUUGCUAAGACUCGGCUGAACAAAGACCGCAAGGAGAUUGCACCACAUGAUAUUCCCACAAUGUUCCAGACGUCAAAGUCCCUUAUUGAACUAGUUGAAUAUGGUGAGACAGAUGCAUGGUUAUCUAUGGAACUCAUGUUUCAUUUGAGCAUUCUUCCUCUCACACGCCAGCUGACCAAUAUCAGUGGGAAUCUCUGGGGGAAAACUCUUCAAGGUGCGAGGGCACAGAGAGUAGAGUAUCUUCUAUUGCAUGCAUUCCAUGCAAAGAAAUAUAUUGUCCCAGACAAGAUGUCUUCUCGUGUAAAGGAAGCAAAAAUGACAAAGAGGAGAAUUAAUAAUGGCAUUGAGGAUAGAAAUGCUGAUGAGUUGGACACUGAUGCUGCCAAUUUUGAAAAUGACAAUCAACAGAGUGAUCAUGGGAAAAGAAAAAAAGGUCCUGCCUAUGCAGGUGGAUUGGUUUUGGAGCCUAAAAAAGGUUUAUAUGACAAAUAUGUAUUGCUUCUGGAUUUCAAUAGUCUUUACCCCUCAAUUAUUCAGGAAUACAAUAUCUGCUUCACAACAGUUGAAAGGUCUAUGGAUGGAUUGGUUCCUCGUUUACCUUCCAGUAAAACAACUGGAGUUCUGCCUGAGUUGCUGAAAAAUUUAGUUGAGAGAAGAAGAAUGGUUAAGUCAUGGAUGAAGAAUGCAUCUGGUCUCAAAGUCCAGCAGCUUGACAUUCAGCAACAAGCACUAAAGCUCACUGCAAAUAGCAUGUAUGGAUGCCUUGGGUUUUCCAAUUCAAGAUUCUAUGCAAAGCCACUUGCAGAACUAAUAACUCUACAAGGAAGGGAGAUUUUACAAAGUACUGUUGAUCUUGUUCAGAACAAUUUGAACUUGGAGGUGAUCUAUGGUGAUACAGAUUCAAUUAUGAUUUAUAGUGGACUAGAUGAUAUUCCAAAAGCAAAAGCUAUUGCAGGGAAAGUCAUCCAGGAGGUUAACAAGAAGUACAGGUGUCUAGAAAUUGAUCUUGAUGGCUUGUACAAAAGAAUGCUUCUUCUAAAGAAGAAGAAAUAUGCAGCUGUUAAGGUGCAAUUCAAGGAUGGGACACCAUAUGAGGUUAUUGAACGUAAAGGUCUUGACAUGGUUCGUCGUGACUGGAGCUUGCUAUCAAAGGAAUUGGGAGAUUUCUGCUUGGCUCAAAUUUUGUCUGGAGGGUCAUGCGAGGACGUAAUUGAAUCAAUACAUAACUCCCUCAUGAAGGUCCAGGAAGAUAUGAGGAGUGGACAAGUAGCCCUUGAGAAAUAUGUCAUCACAAAGACAUUAACUAAACCACCUGAAGCCUAUCCUGAUGCCAAAAAUCAACCCCAUGCUCUGGUAGCACUAAGGUUGAAGCAAAGUGGUUAUACAGCUGGUUGCUCUGCUGGUGAUACAGUACCGUAUAUAAUUUGCUGUGAGCAGGGUGCGGGUGCUUCUGCAGUAAGUUUAACAGGGAUAGCCCAGCGUGCAAGACAUCCUGAUGAAUUGAAAUGUGAUGAUGGGAAAUGGAUUAUUGACAUUGAGUACUACUUGUCGCAGCAAAUUCAUCCUGUGGUAUCACGUUUAUGUGCUUCAAUCCAGGGUACAAGCCCAGAGCGUUUGGCUGAUUGCUUGGGGCUUGACUCAUCCAAGUUCCGUAGUAAAUCAAGUGAAUCUGUCCCUUCUAGCUCACUCCUGUUUGCUGCUGAUGAUGAGGAAAGAUAUCAGAGUUGUGAGCCGCUAAUCUUGUCAUGUCCCAGCUGCUCUGGUACUUUUCACUGUCCUCCUGUCUUCAGUUCCAUUUGUACGUCAAUUCUUGAGAAAUCAAAAAACCCACAAAUCGAAGAAUCUAUAUCCAAUUUCUGGCAUAGAUUGUGUUGCCCUAAAUGCCCAGAGGAAGGUGACUUGGGCAGAAUAUCUCCUGCAACGAUGGCCAAUCAGGUCAAAAGGCAAGCAGAGGGGUUUGUUUCCACCUACUAUAAAGGCGUCAUGAUGUGUGAUGAUGAAACUUGUAAGCAUACCACUAGGAGUCUCAACCUGAGGCUGGUUGGUGAUUCCGAGAGAGGAACAGUUUGUCCAAGCUAUCCACGCUGCAAUGGGCGUCUAGUGAGAAAGUAUACGGAAGCAGAUUUGUACAAGCAACUGUCGUAUUUCUGUCACUUGCUCGACACUGCUCGCUGCAUUGAAAAGUUGCAGUCGGACGCAGGCACUAGAAUACAGGUAGAGAAGGAGUUGAUGAAAAUCCGGCCAAUGGUUGAUAUGGCACUUUCAACAGUUAAGAAGAUGAGGGACAGAUGUGCUUAUGGGUGGGUGCAGUUGAAUGGCCUUGCAGUCACAGUAUAAUUUGCCAAGCAAUAUGUAAAUAUCAGCUAUCUAAAAUUACAGAAGAAACUAUUCACAGCAGAUGGAAACAUCACCUUGUACGGUGUUGGGUUAAGCCUCCUCAUAUGAUCAGGACGCAUUCGCUCAAGCUGCUUGAUACAGCUAUCUCUAAUGUCCUUGAGAGGAGGUAAAUCUUCUCUUGGUUUAUCUUCAAGAAACAAAAACACAUUUUAGAUAUUGCUAUAGAUGAAGUAAGCUCAGCCUGUGGACAAACAUUAAUAUUAUGUGGGGUUUGAUACAAUGCCGAGUCCUCAAAUCUUAUCUUAACUACAAAUCAAAUAAUUGCAAAAUUUGGGAAACCAUAUGUAGAAAUAAUUAUAUCCCUGCAUGUGUAAGCAUUUGUGAAGAAGCAGAUCCUCAACACAUCAUGUUCAACUGUGAUAUCAUAUACAAAAUAUUUCACUUCACAGAAACCCCCACCUGAGCUCCCUGGCCAAUAACACUUUAGAAGCUCCUCAACCUGCUGUGGAACCACAUACGCUCUCUUGGAUUCAUUAAAAGGAUGGCGACACAGUAUCCGUUCUCCCACCUGAAAGUUUAGAGAAAGAAGAUAUUAUGUUUUCUCCUUCAACUAAUCACCACAGUGAGUUGAUUCCAUCAGGCAGGCAGCUCAAUCAUGGGUUAAAAGGGAAAAAAUGUACAUGAGAUAAAAAGCUAGUGACUGUUGAUGUUGACAGUGAACUCUUACGACCAAACUCGUAAAACCAAUGUAUAAAUCAAUAACUGAGAUCUCACCAGACUCUGAAGUCCAUUAUAUCUUGAAUAUGUUUUGCACUCAAAA